AUGUCGGCUUCACACCAGCAGACCGCGUCGGAUCACCCGCGCCACCAUCUGCAACACUCGCAGUCGGACCCCAUCCGAACCUCCAACUCCAGCACUGACGCAACCCACCAGCCGAGCCUGCUCAAUCCAGGCAUGGCCACCAACCCAUCCGCCGGAUUGACGCUACUCGAGCCGCCACAACCAUGCACCUCCAGGCCGUCGUCCAGCAUCUUCCAAGACACAACUGACUCUCCCGCCUCGAGCCUCUCCAGCCAGAAUGUGAAUGCUACGGAACCCCUCAACAAGACACACGCAAAGGUUCACGACAUGUCUUCCUUACCGCACGCGCACGCAUCCGAUCAGUCGACCACAUCGUUGAACUCUCCCUGCUUCGUUCACUCCUAUCUCGACCGCGGCGUCGCCCUCGGCGAGAGCCUCAAGAAGCAACGCAGGCAGCUCAAUCGCCAACGAGCACACCGUCCCAAGCCCAGCCGUCAGCUCUCUCAGAGCGAAACGACUCCUGCAGACGACGAGGCUUCUUCCCAGGCGAAGCGCGACACGGAGCCUUCCAGUGACUCUCGGGCCACCAACGCACCGUCACUCACGGAUGAAGACACCCACUCGAGUUCAGAUGCGACGUCGACAUACGCAGCACGAAGCGCAGAUCGCACAUCGGCACGUGUCCGCAUUCGCACCAGCUCCGACGAUGACGACGGCGACGACGACGAUGAUGGCGAUGCCGACAACAUUGCGCACCAGCCUUCCUCCGAUCGCAGCUCCUCUUACGGAUCCUCGUACUCCUACUCGUCUGACGAGGAGGACUCGGACAAGGUUCGCUCGCUCACCCGCCAGCUCGCAGAGACCGCCGUGGGUGUACGCGAGAUGAGCAAGCAGCUCGGCCGCGCCAGGGUCAAGUCGACCAUCCAGUCGGUCAUGAUCAUCACCAAGGCUAGAGACAAUCACCUCAUCAAACUCACGCGCGAGCUUGCCAUUUGGCUCAUGGCCACUCCUCGCAACGGCAAGGAUACAGGACUCACCGUCUACGUCGACUCGCAACUCCGACAGUCCAAGCGCUUCGACGCAGAGGGCAUCCGCAGGGACUAUCCGCACCUGUUCGAUCAGAGGCCACCGAGGCGCACGCCCAGCCUCUCCUCCUCCGUCUCGUCAACCUCGGGCCACGACAGCAACGGAUCCUCCAACAGGGGAGAAGGCGGGAAUCAGCUCCGCUUCUGGAACGCCGACAUGUGCUCGCGUUCGCCUCACCUUUUCGACUUUGUGGUGACACUCGGCGGUGAUGGCACGGUGCUGUUCUGCUCCUGGCUCUUCCAGCGCAUCGUGCCGCCCGUGCUGCCUUUUGCGCUCGGCUCGCUCGGAUUCCUGACCAACUUCGACUUCAAGGCAUACAAGGACGUCAUGAAGUCGGCCUUGGACGACGGCAUCCGUGUCAACCUUCGCAUGCGUUUCACUGCGACCGUGUACCGCGCCACCCUGCCCACUUCCAGUUCGGCGGACCGUCAUCGCAGACAGGCGAUCAAGUCCGGCAAAACGGGCGAGAUCAUCCUGAAUUCGGUCAAGAAUUGUGGGUGGGAUGCGAUCGAGUCGCCCAAUCCGGACUCGCAUCAGCCCCACUCAGCCUCACGCCAAGACGAAGAGGUGGUGCUGCCGUCAAUGGACAAGAGAAGUAGAAAGAAGGGCAAAGGCGGCAAAAAGUGUCGCGACAAGGAGAUCAUGUGCUUCAGCACCCGGCCUGUCGAGACAUUCGAGGUGCUCAAUGACCUGGUCGUCGACCGAGGACCGAGUCCGUACGUCAGCUUGCUCGAGGUGUUUGGCGACGAGCACCACAUGACGACCGCUCAGGCGGACGGUCUGUGCAUCUCCACUCCCACAGGCUCGACGGCCUAUUCGCUCUCGGCAGGUGGCAGUCUGGUCCACCCCGAGAUCCCGGCGAUCCUGAUCACGCCCAUCUGCCCGCACACGCUCUCCUUCCGACCGAUGUUGCUGCCUGACAGCAUGGAGCUGCGUAUCGCAGUGCCGUACAACUCGCGAAGCACCGCGUGGGCCAGUUUCGAUGGCAGAGGCCGCGUGGAGCUCAAGCAAGGCGACCACAUCAAGGUGACCGCGAGUCGCUAUCCCUUCCCUACCGUCUGCGCCGAGAAUCAAUCGACCGACUGGUUCCAAAGCAUCUCGCGCACACUCAAGUGGAACGAGCGCCAAAGGCAGAAGUCUUUCGUCGUCGUGGAGGAGGGCGCAGACCCCGACUCGAGCAGCGGCGACAAGGGCAAGGGCACAGCGACUGGCGCUUCUCCUAGCAAGAUGUUCGCGAAGCAUGGCCGCAACGGCGACAACGACAGCAGCGACGAUGACGACGAAGAUGACGAUGGGGAAGACGACAAUGCCGGAAAGGACGACGACGAGGACGCAGAAAAGUUCGACAUCGACGACACCAGCACCACCGUCACACGCAGCAACAGUCCCAACUCUCACCACGGCGACGGCCACGUGCGCAGGCGUUCGGGACAGAGCACACCACGUCACACAAACGGCAACUCGCGACGCAGCAGCGGGCCGUCGCUGCUGAGCACCUCGCUGCCGCGUCUGACAUCCAUCACCAGCGCGUUUGGACCCAAGUCGAGCGAAGGUCAUGGCCAAGGCCAGGGCAAUGCGGGCACCUCAUCUGCCGCAUCGUCGAAUCCAGGCUCGUUACUCAACAGUCCGGACCGCUUCGGCCUCCAGGGCCCGCCGCUUCCCCCCAAGGCGAUCAGCGAGCGACACCUACUCAGCGCCGACUUCCGUCUUGACGGUGGCCGAGCUCUGUCGCCAGCAUCCGGCAGCGGCGCAGCGACGUCGACGUCGCCGCCUUCAUCUUCGACGUCGAAGCCAUCCGCAUCGGCCGCAUCCUCGGCCACAGGGGACCAAGUGUCGUUCACGACGCCGCGUGCUUCGCGCACCCGCAAGAGCGAAACACGCAAGAGCUCAAUGUCCAAGCCCAUGACACCUUCUUCGGCUCUCGCCCGAGAUCGCACGCCCAAGGGGCUGCGCGGCGACUCGACGCGCAGGGACAGCAACCAGCGCGCUUCGGAGCCCGGCUCUGCCGAUCCGGAGCGCUCAAGCCAGGCUUCUGGCGGAACCGCACUCGUCGUGUAUGGCGAAGAUGAGAGCGACUCGGACUCGACCACUGGAGCAGGCCACUAG